UGGCUCUAUGGCAAAAAGAAAAUGUAAUCAGGAACAAAGGUUGGCAUUUUAAACACAACUGUCUCAUAAACGAUUAGGAUCAGUAACGUGAACAUAAUCCGUCCCCCCCCCCCAUUUCCUUAUUAUAGCAUAAAUGCAUAAAUGUUCUACAUCUUUUAGAUACCCUCGUGCUCGGGUGCAACUUUCUCAGGAGACAAAAAAAAGUGUCAAUAUGAAUAUUUAGUUUUCGUACCCCAUUUCUAUUUCAUAUCUCCUCCUAAAUGCGAGCGAGAAAAGGAAAAAGAUGUAGAGACCAACGUUUCGAAACGGCCAAGCUACCACACGCUCCAGCUUUGAAAAGCGCCUGGAGGCGGUGCCAAAGUUUUACUUUUCGUUCGCGCCGAGCGGCAACCAGAGCCUCAUGCCCGGCGGGAGGAAGCGAAGCGAGUCAGAAAGGAAACCAAGGGAAGGCCUUGUAGGGUGGGGCCUAAGCGGGGCCCCGCGCUCCCCAUUGGUCCGACGGCCCGUUCCUCAAAAGGCGAAGCUUCGGAGGCUGCCUGGAUCCGCCUCCAGCUCCCAUUCUUGUGAGAUGAAAACUUUCUGGCGGCCUCGGUGGGUGGAGGGAAAUAAAAAAAAAUGUUUAAGAUGGCGGAAAAUUUAAAAGAGUGUACUGUUUGUUGCAAGUCAACUUGGUCCAAUCUCCAGGAUCUUUGUCGAUUGGAGAAGGUGUGUUGCCCUUCCUUGGGCAUUACUAAAAAAAACCUCAGUGAUUUUGAAGUAGAAUAUCUAUGUGAUUAUAAGAAAAUUGGGGAUGAGGAAUUCUACCUGGUGAAGUGGCGGGGCUAUCCUGAUUCAGACAAUACCUGGGAGCCCCGAAAGAAUUUGCGAUGUAUCAGUAUACUCAAGCAAUUCCACAGGGACCUAGAACAGGCAUUCAUCCGGCGUGGUGGCAAGCUCAAAAAGAAUAUGCGCUUACUUGAUCAAGGAAUUUCUAGUUAUUUGGUUCAGAAGGCCAAACAGAGGCGAGCUUUGCAGCAUUGGGAAUAUGAGCUUAAUGCCAAGCGCAACCACAAGGGACGAAUUGUGGUAGAAAAUGAGGUGGACUUGGAUGGACCUCCCCGGGACUUUGUCUACAUCAAUGAAUAUAAAGUUGGGGAGGGUAUCACUCUCAACCAGAUGGCUGUAGGCUGUGAAUGUUCAGACUGUCUGUCAGAAGCAGCAGGAGGAUGCUGUCCUGGUGCUUCACACCAUAAAUUUGCCUAUAAUGAGUUGGGCCAAGUGAAGAUCAAGGCUGGCAUGCCCAUCUAUGAGUGCAAUUCUCGCUGUAGCUGUGGUAUUGAUUGCCCAAACCGUGUAGUACAGAGGGGCAUUCGUUAUGACCUUUGCAUUUUCCGGACAGAUAAUGGAUGUGGCUGGGGUGUACGUACAUUGGAGAAGAUUCGCAAGCACAGUUUUGUUAUGGAAUAUGUUGGAGAGAUUAUCACAUCAGAGGAAGCUGAGAGACGGGGUCAGGUCUAUGACCGACAGGGUGCCACUUAUCUAUUUGAUCUGGACUACGUAGAAGAUGUAUACACAGUAGAUGCUGCCUAUUAUGGCAACAUAUCACAUUUUGUUAAUCACAGUUGCAACCCCAAUCUACAGGUGUACAAUGUUUUUAUUGAAAAUUUGGAUGAACGACUGCCACGCAUUGCUUUCUUUGCUACUCGAUCUAUCAGAGUUGGGGAAGAGCUCACCUUUGACUAUAAUAUGCAAGUGGAUCCAGUAAAUGCAGAAAGCACAAGGAUGGAUUCUAAUUUUGGCCUUGUGGGAAGUCUGACUUGUUCACCCAAGAAGCGGAUGCGAAUUGAGUGUAAAUGUGGCACAGAAACUUGUCGAAAAUAUCUUUUCUAGUUCUUUAUUAAUUUUUCUUGGAAGAUGCCUUGUAAAGCCUGGAUUGGAAGUCCAAACUGGCUGUUGAAAGAUUGCAGACAGUGGCUAAGAGUCAGGAACUUACCCACUUGAAGAACAAAUGAUAAAGCUUAGAACUGCAAGAGGGCAGUAAUCCACAUUUCUUGUGCUAUAUAGCACUGACUUGGCUGCUUCUGAUUGCCUGAUCAGAGUUUUUUUUAUGGAAAACAUGGGUGUGGGGCAGUCUCCUCAGUAGGCGGACAGGUUGCUUGACUAUCUUGCUUCUGAGAUGCUGGAAACACUACAGUGUAGAACAGAAUUUUUUUCGUAAGUCUGUGCUUAUCUUAUCUGACCCUCAACUACAGUUUACUGUUUAAAGCCUAAAAUACAAAGACAAGGAACUGGCUAAUUUUUCAGGUUUUUUUCGAAGGACAAAAAUCUUAAUUUUCUGUAAGAAGCACUUCCUAGCCACCUUACUGGUAGGUGGGAAAUCAAAGCCGUUUUCUUCUCCCUGUGCACAGACUUUGUAUUACCUCAGUGUGCCAUAUGACUGCUGUCCAUCUUUACAUAAUUGCUACUUGAAGUCGCACUUAAAACCAUCAUGGAGUGAAGCUCUAUGCAACCUGAAAAACCAACAAUGUCGCCUUUUUUAAUUAAUGCAUUUGUUUUUAAAGAAAAUGUUUUUAAUUUUUUUUUAAUGGGUUGGGGCAAAAACUAGCUUCUUGAGAUAGCUGUAUUUGGAAGAUGUUAUGAAGUUCUUGAAUUAUGACUGCUGAACUGAAUUGUCUGGAUUCUUUAUUCUGUGUUUUACAACUUACUGUUCUUUUUAAAAAAUAAUUUUUUCACUGCAGUAAUGUAAAGAGAAUAGGCUUUAGAAGCAGCUUUAAUCUAACAGAAAUGAGAGAAACAUGUAAUCAGAAUUACAAAAACAAAACACUUGCUUUUGGGCUUUGGUUUUUAUAAACAUGAAAGAUAUUGUAGAGCAGGAACAUUUUAUAUUUGGCACAAGAAAAUGAGGGUUUAAUUUAUUUUGUUUUAAUAAUGAAUUAGAAUAAUAUAAUUGGAAGUGAAUUUUUAAGCCAUUGAGUCCAAGCCCCUGCUCAGUCCCAAAUCAAAGUGAAAGCAUCCCUGACAAAUACCAAUUCAAUCUUUGCUUGCAUAUAUCCAAUCAAAGGGAGCCCUCCAUCUCUUAGGAUAAAAAAGUUUUCAUUUUUGAAUGCCCUUUAGGAAGUUUUUCUGACACUUCAACUGGAAAAUGUCUUCUGGUAAUUUUAGACCAAUUAUUUCAGGUUCUUUUUCUUUGGGACAACUAAGAACAGAUUAUGACCAUUUAUUAGCAUACUCCAAAUAUCACAAGGGAUAACAAUUAUAACUGCUGUCACUUUUUGAAAACUAAACAUUUACUCACUCUUUAUUAUCACCCUGUAGACCCAUUUUUACUGCCCUGAUCAUCUUUAUAUCUUUUUGCACUUGUUCCAAUGUAUCUAAACCUUUUAAGUGCACAGAAAAGGAUACAGAUCUGCACUAUUAUUUGUGAGAUCUGAAAAUUAUAUUCUACUGAAGCAAUAUGAAAUGUUUCCCUUUUGCAGCUACAUGACUGAUUGAUAUCAUUUCCACUUCCAAGACCCAUUUUGCACAUACUAAUGCUAUACCAAGAGUUCCUUAUCCUGCUCUGGUUAAUUUGAGUUUUCUUAAAUAAUGACAUGUUUCUAUAUUAUAGAAUAUUAGCUCUCCCUCCCAGUUUCAUUUCAUUUGUAAAUUUGGUGAAUGUUCAGUCUAUCUCUUUGUUCAAAAUAAUUGCCAAAAUGGUUGAUGUGUUCCUGGCCGAGGACUUAACCCUGCAGCCCUCAUUUUGUACUUCACUUCUGGUUUAGUUUUAAGGACCUGCUGUUAGCCUCCUUAAACACUGCACCUAGUUCAUACUUAUCUAGUGUAUUAAUAAGAAUGUUAUGUGAUAGUUUAAAUGCUUUACUGAAAUCAAGAUAUAUAUGAAACGUUCUCCAUUCCCCUAUAUUAUAACUGGAUAAAAAUAUACCAACACCAACCCCCCCACUCCAACCCAAAAUAAGCUCAGUCUGACAAGAUUUCUUGAAAAAUCUAUUCAGGCUUCUGCUGAUUACAUUAACAUUUAAAAUGCUGUUUUUGUUUUGAAACAGUGAGUGAUAAAACUUUUGCUGCUUGAGCCUCUUAGGAAGAAAAUAAUAAACAAAUAAAAUGGGAUGCUUAAAACUGUUCAAGAUGUAUUUCCCCUAUAGAAGUUAGGGAAAAUAAGGAUACUAGAUCUCAGUGUUCUUUUGAAUAUUUGUAUUUAAUGUAAAAGGUAUACAAAGAAAAACAUUUCAGGGAUGAUCUUUUUUCAAAUGAGAGCCUGGACUUAGCUGUUUAAGCAACUCACCAACUGCAUUCAAAAAGAGUAGCAAAAUGUGAGUACAUGUUAAUAGUUUUUUUUUUACAAAUAUUAAAUAUUUGGGUGUAAUUUAUUAUCUGUAUCGGAGUACAAUCAUUUUAAUAGUUAGUCACAUUUUCCUUAUUGGGGACUAUACUUCUUACUU